AGGAAAUAACUAAAAAUGACCAGUAGAAGACUCGAGGAGUCUAUGGGGGCCGUUCAGAUGGGGUUAGUCAGAAUGCUGAAAGGAUUCCAAAGCAAGGUUCUACCACCCUUGAGUCCAAGGGUCGUUACAAAAGAAGAAGCAAAUCGAAUGUUGACACCCUCGGAGUUCCUGAAGGAAAUGUCCCUCACCACAGAGCAGAGACUGGCUAAUACACGGUUGAUGUGCCGACCACAGAUCAUCGAACUUUUAGAUAUGGGGGAAACAACGCAUCAAAAGUUUUCAGGAGUUGACCUGGAUCAGGCAUUAUUCCAGCCUUUUCCAUCAGAAAUUGUGUUUCAGAACUAUACUCCCUGUGAAGUCUAUGAAGUUCCACUCAUUUUGAGGAAUAAUGACAAAAUUCCAAGGAUGGUCAAAGUUGUUGAGGAAAGUUCACCUUACUUUAAAGUCAUCAGCCCCAAAGAUUCUGGCCACAAAGUCGCUCCAGGAGUGCCAUCCAUAUUCCGAAUCCUCUUCACUCCAGAGGAGAACAAGGAUUAUGCCCAUAUGUUGACCUGUAUAACUGAAAGAGAAAAGUUCAUUGUACCCAUCAAAGCUAGAGGUGCACGAGCCAUCCUAGAUUUUCCUGACAUGCUGGAUUUUUCCACUUGCCCUGUCAAAUACAGCACUCAGAAGAUUCUGCUGGUACGAAACAUUGGCAACAAAGAUGCUGUGUUUCACAUGAAAACUCAUAGGCCUUUCUCUGUGGAGUCACCUGCCGGAACGCUUAACGUGGGGGAGUCCAUGCAGCUGGAGGUGGAGUUUGAGCCACAGACUGUGGGCAGCCACAGCGAAAGACUUACCGUGCAUUAUGACACAGGUGAAAAAGUCUUUUUAUCUCUGUAUGGAGCUGCCAUAGACAUGAAUAUAAGGCUGGACAGGAAUUCCUUGAUCAUUGAGAAAACCUACAUAUCUCUGUCCAAUCAACGAACUGUAACUAUUCACAACCGCAGUAACAUCAUUGCCCAUUUCCAGUGGAAGAUAUUUGCUACCCAGGCAGAGGAAGACAGAGAAAAGUAUAGGGUCUGUGAUGAUCUGAGCAAAAAGGAAAAGAAUGAGACCGAUGAGCUUCUUGAAGAGUGCAUUAUUGAUCCUUCCCUCCGAGAACAACUUUCCAUUCUCUCCCGCACCUUUGAGAAUCAGAGGAGGCUGGUUCAGGCAAACAGCAUGCUCUUCUUGAGUAACAUUUUCACUAUUGAGCCCCUGGAAGGUGAUGUCUGGCCUAAUUCAUCAGCUGAAAUCACGGUGUACUUUAAUCCUCUGGAAGCCCGGCUCUACCAGCAGACAGUUUACUGUGACAUUUCAGGCCGAGAGAUCCGUCUGCCCCUCCGAAUCAAAGGGGAAGGAAUGGGACCAAAGAUUCACUUCAACUUUGAAAUGCUGGACAUUGGAAAAGUUUUCGUUGGAUCCGUACAUUGUUAUGAGGCAAUACUGUCCAACAAAGGCAGCAUUGAUGCCCUCUUCAACGUGAUCCCUCCAACUUCGGCUUUGGGGGCCUGCUUUGUUUUCAGCCCCAGGGAAGGCAUCAUCGAACCAAAUGGAGUCCAGGCGGUCCAGAUCUCUUUCAGUUCUGCCAUUUUGGGGCACUUCGAAGAAGUGUUCCUGGUCAAUGUCAAUGGGUCCCCUGAGCCUGUGAAAUUGACCAUUAGAGGCUGUGUCAUUGGACCUACCUUCCAUUUUAAUGUUCCUGCUCUGCACUUUGGUGAUGUUUCCUUUGGCUUCCCUCAUAACUUGAUGUGUUCCCUCAAUAAUACCUCCUUGGUCCCCAUGACCUUCCAACUGCGUGUCCCUGGGGAUGGCGAUGGCCAUAAAAGCAUCUCAAGUUGCAAUCAGUAUUCAGACUACAAAAGAUCAUCUUGGAGCAAGGAUGAAAUACCCAUAAUGAAACCAAAAGAAUUCACCAUCACUCCCAGCAGUGGCACCAUCCGCCCCCAGGGAUUUGCCGCUAUCAGGGUGACCUUGUGCUCCAACACUGUGCAGAAAUAUGAGCUGGCGCUGGUGGUGGACGUGGAGGGCAUCGGGGAAGAAGUGCUGGCGCUCCUAAUUACCGCAAGGUGUAUUGUACCUACCCUCCACAUGGUUAACCCAGAGGUGGACUUCGGGCACUGCUUCCUGAAGUACCCCUAUGAGAAAACAGUCCAGCUUGUCAAUCAUGAUGACCUCCCAGGAUGCUAUACGGUCCUGCCUCAGGUAUAUGGAGACACACCUGCCGUGUUACUCUCCAGUCCCAUGCCCUGUGGAGUCAUCCCUCCCCACAGCACCGUUCACAUACCUCUGGCCCUGGAGACCCAGGUCACUGGGGAAUAUAGGUCCACAGUUUACAUCUCGACCUUUGGGAGCCCGGACCCCCCUAUGGUAUGUCGCAUAAAAAGCAUCGGAGAAGGCCCAGUUAUCUAUGUACAUCCCACUCAAGUUGAUUUUGGCAAUAUCUACGUCUUAAAGGACUCCCCGAGGAUUCUCAACCUAUCUAACCAGUCCUUCAUCCCCGCAUUAUUUCAAGCACGCAUGGCACACACAAAGUCCCUGUGGACGAUUGAACCCAGUAAAGGCAUGGUUCCCCCGGAAACCGAUGUUCAGCUGACACUGACUGCCAACCUGAACGACAUCCUGACCUUCAAAGACACGGUCAUUUUGGACAUAGAAAAUAGCAACACUUACCGGAUUCCUGUCCAGGCUUCCGGAGUUGGCUCCACCAUCGUCUCAGAUAAGCCCUUUGCUCCAGAGCUCAAUUUGGGAGCACAUUUUAGGUAG